ACCAACACAAAGCCGAAAGCCUUGGUGAGUGGUGAAAGCACCCGAAACCUAAGAAAAUCAUAUCUCGGUUUCUCUCCCGACAGCUGGUCGUUCUCUCUCAAUUUGGUUAGCUCAGAAAUGGCGCCCGACCCAGAUGCAGAGCAAGAAGCACAGCGCCUGAAAGCACUGGCAGAAACCAAGUACAAGAAUUCAAACCUGAAAUCAGCUUUAAAACAUGCCAAGAAAGCCCACGGUCUUUUUCCAAACCUAGAAGGCAUCUCUUCAAUGCUCACUGCUUUUAAAAUUCUCCGGCCGGCCUCCCAAGCCGACGCUUCUCCAGACUGGUAUAGUAUCCUCCAGGUAGAACCCUUCUCCCACAUAAAUUCAAUCAAGAAACAAUAUAGGAAACUAGCAUUGAUUUUGCACCCUGACAAGAACCCAUAUUUAGGAUGUGAAGAAGCGUUUAAGCUCGUGGGUGAAGGGUUUAGGAUAUUUUCUGAUAAGAUAAGGAGGAAAGAAUAUGAUAUGAAGCUUAGGAUUAGGAUUCAGGAGGAAAGGGUUGAUGGGUUGGAAGAGAAUGGUGUAGUAGGUGAGACGUUUUGGACUGCGUGUUCGCGGUGCAGGUUGUUGCAUAAGUUUGAAAGGAAGUAUUUGGGGCAUAAUUUGGUCUGCCCAAGUUGUAAGAAGAGCUUUUUGGCUGUGGAGGUCGACGGAGAAGGUGGUGAUGGUGAAAGUACAGAGGAGGAGGAGGUGGUGGCCGCAGUAAGUGUAAGUGAGAGGUCGAAGCGGAAGAUGGUUUCGAAGGAGAAAAUGAGUAGUGCUAAAAGUGUUGGUUUGGAGGGGGAAAAGGGUAGUGGUGAGACAAUUAGGAGUGUGGAGUUAAGGAGGAAAGUGAGUGAAGAGAAUUUGAUGGAGAAAGAGAGUGGUGGUGAUGAUGAUGGGUGGGGUGUGGGGAGAUUGAGGAGUGGGGGUUUGAGGAGGAGGAUGAGUACUGUUGGGGAGGUAUUGGCAAGGUCUGUAGCCGGGCAGGUGGAUGAUGGGGAGGAGGAGAGAUCAAGGUCAAAGAGGGUAAAAGUUGCAGAGGAGGCAAUGACACUUGCAGAAAUGAAGUUGGAAAUGAAGCGAAAGGCGAAUCAAGGAAGGGAAAAAUUGAAUCUAAAAGAGAAAGUGAACAAGGCAGGUGAAAAGGGGAAGGAAAGAGAGAGACAUGAGCCUCCUAAAAAUAGAGUUUCAAAGAUUGAGAAACAGAAGGCAUCAGAGAAGCGUAAGGAUUUUGGGAUUGAGAGUCAAGGACCUUCAAAGACGAGUGGAAGUUUGGGGAUUACGACACGUGCAACUAAGAAAAUAAGGGUAGAUUUGGAAGCUAAGACUCAAGAUGGUGGGAAAAAGAAUCAAAAUUCAGAGCUCACGAAGCAAGGGACUUCAAGAAAGAAAGUGAAGUUGGACAUUGAGAAGCGCCGUGGUUCAAAGAGUGGGGACAUGGAGAUUAUGGCUGUGGAGGAUUCAGAUUUCUAUGAUUUUGAUAAAGAUAGAUUGGAGAGGAAUUUUAAAAGAGGGCAAGUGUGGGCUAUGUAUGAUGAUGAUGAUGGAAUGCCUAGGCAUUAUGGUUUGAUUGAGGAAGUAUUUACAGUAAAUCCUUUUGAAUUGAAGAUGAGUUGGUUGGACUUUCAGAAUAACGGGGAUGACAGAUUGAUUAGUUGGGAGAAAAAGGGAUUUCAUGUAUCUUGUGGGAGAUUUAAGGCCGCCAGGAAGAGUUCCAUAAACUCUGUGAAUAUCUUUUCACACAUGGUAGAAUGUGAAAGGGCGGCAAAGGAACUUUAUAGGAUUUAUCCAAAGAAGGGCUCAGUCUGGGCACUUUAUAAUGAAGCUAAAUCAGGUGCAGCAGGAAGAAACUUUUCAGCUAGAGAUAAACAGUGCUAUGACAUAGUUGUGUUUUUAACUAACUACAGUGAGAUUCAUGGAUUGAGCAUGGCAUAUCUUGAGAAAGUUGAUGGAUUCAGGACAAUAUUUAAAAGACAGGAGAUUGGGUGUCAAGCUAUUAGAUGGCUUGAAAAAGAUGAUAUUCGGUUGUUUUCGCAUCAGAUUCCUGCUCGAAAGCUUUGUAGCGAUGAUGUCCCUGAUCUUUUGAAAGACUGCUGGGAACUUGAUCCUGCUUCACUUCCUCCCGAUCUUCUUGCUAUUAGCUUGGAAAGUUGAUAUUUCAGAAACCUUAAUUGAUUACUGUAUAGCUUUUGCCUAAUUAUUUAGGAGGAUCUGUUUUGAUGUAAGUUUAAGUACCCCGAGGAGGCAAGUAAUGAAUUUUAGUUGCUUUAUAGUUUCCACAGGGUAUAACACACAUUAUUCUGAUAGGUGCUGCAAAUAUUUCUCGCCUCUUAAAUUCUUGAUGUGGCAGAUUGCGAGCAGCCAUCCUGGUUUUUAUUAAUUAAGUAGUUUUCUCUUA